CACCGCCGUCAGCGGUCGGGAGGGCAUACGCUAGGGAGGGCCGCGGGCCGCCGCCAGUGCCGCGCCGGAGACGCCGCGAACGUCAGACGCGACCGGAGGCGCUCGGGAGGGCAGCGCCGCCGACGCCGCUGGAGACGGUCCGCGUCGGUGUGGCGACCUCGGGUCACGGGCGCCGAGGCGGAGAGCGCGCCGCAGCGACCGACGAGAGGGGACAGCGAAGGACGGGAGACCGCUGCCGCCCGUCGUCAGCUGUGUGGACUGGCGACAGUCGGUCGGCUUUCCUGCCGAGGACAUGAUGGGCAUGUGCCAGCGGAGGGAAGUCAUAUCAAGAUAGCGAAGAUUUCAAGUGAGAAACGUGCUCCGCACAUUCCAUUGCAGCUGACUGGUAUUGACGUCAUCGCAGAUAUGCUGCCCAGGGACGAGUCGACCGAGUCUAGCCGCUCGGACGACCAUGCGUCCGGCUCAUUCGCGGACGACAACAACAACUUCACCAAGAACAUAACGAUGACGUCCGAGGACCUGCUACAACCCGGCCACGUGGUCAAAGAGCGCUGGAAAGUGGUCAAGAAGAUCGGUGGCGGUGGCUUUGGCGAGAUUUACGAGGGCCUCGAUCUGGUCACCAAAGAGCAUGUAGCGCUAAAGUUAGAGUCGGCCAAGCAGCCGAAACAGGUGCUCAAAAUGGAGGUUGCCGUGCUGAAAAAGCUGCAAGGCAAGGACCACGUGUGUCGCUUCAUCGGCUGCGGCCGCAACGACCGCUUCAACUACGUGGUGAUGCAGCUGCAGGGGCGCAACCUGGCCGAGCUGCGGCGGGCGCAGCCGCGCGGCGCGUUCUCGCUCUCCACUACCCUGCGGCUGGGCCACCAGAUCCUGCACUCCAUCCAGGCUAUCCACGAGGCGGGCUUCCUGCACCGCGACGUUAAGCCGUCCAACUUCUCGACGGGCCGACACCCGCACAACUGCAAGAAGGUCUACAUGCUGGACUUCGGGCUGGCGCGCCAGUACACGAACGCGUACGGCGAGGUGCGCACGCCGCGCGCCGCCGCCGGCUUCCGCGGCACGGUCCGGUACGCGGCCAUCAACGCGCAUAAGAACAAGGAGAUGGGACGCCAGGACGACCUGUGGUCGCUCUUCUACAUGAUGGUUGAGUUCGUCAACGGCUCGCUGCCCUGGCGCAAGAUCAAGGACAAGGAGCAGGUGGGCAUCAUGAAGGAGGAGUACAACCACUACCAGCUGCUGAAGCACCUGCCGUCCGACUUCCGCCAGUUCCUGGAGCACAUUCAGUCGCUCGACUACUAUGACAAGCCCGACUACGCUAUGCUGUCGGGCCUGUUUGAGCGCUGUAUGAAGCGGCGGGGGGUCAAGGAGAGCGACGCGUUCGACUGGGAGAAGGCGGCGGCGGAGACCGCACCGGCCGGCGGCCCGGCCUCGACGCCGGCUAUCAUCAGCAAGCCGGCGGCCUCGUACCAGACGGACCUGGGCAGCGCCGCUUGCGACAACCAGGAGAACUACCGGCCGCCGACAGCCACCUCGGCACAGCAGCCGCGGCUCGCUACUGACACACGGGAGAAGGUGCUGGUGGACAACAACCGCAACGCCACCAAGGUGGGCGCCGGCGACGACCCGUCGCCGAAGAAGGCGCGUCCGGACCAGGAGGGCAACCCGCCGCGGCGGCCGGUGGCUAAGCUGCGGCUGAGCGCUCUGGAGGCGGCCGACGGCACGCAGGAGGUGCAGCCGGCGUCGCCGCGGGUCGCCGACGGACAGGAGGUGAGCGGCCGCAGCACGGAGGCGCGCACCGGCCGCCUGGACGUGUCGGUGCCGUCGACGCCGCAGCAGAGCGGCCCGGCCGGCUCCGAGGCGCCGCUCACUGGCACCGAGCGCGAGACGGGCCGCCGGGAGCGGCGCGACCACCGGCGCCGCUUCCACUCGGCCGGCAGCCGGAACCGGUCAGUCUCACGGCUCAGCCUGCACCGGGACGUGAGCGUGACGCAGUUCGCCGUGGCCGACGACGACAACGUGUCCCAGCAGGCCACCAAGGGCGGCGGAGGCAUGACGCUGGCCUCCCAGUGGAAGUCGGGCUUCGAUGACUCGGAGGCCGAGACGGACCACGAGGCCGCCGAGCAGGGACUGCAGAGUCCCGAGCACAGGAAACAGGCUGCAGAGGCGGCGUCAGGUGCCGGCCGGGCGGCGCGCUCGGCUGCCGGCGGCCCGCCACCGCCGCCCAACACGUUCUUCGUUCCGCUGCUGCUCAUCAAGUCGCGGCUCCGUUGCCAGGUGGGCGCCGCGCAGGCGUUGCCGCUCGAGUACCUCAACCUGGAGAUCGCCGCCGUGCCCGUGGACAGGAGCCGCGGCGAGGGCCUGCCGCGGUCAUGGUCCAACCCCCAGCUGUCGCCACACAUACGGGCCGGCCUGGAGCCGCCGCUGCUGCAGCAGGCCACCUUCGAUGACGUCGUUUACGAGGUGGACGUGGUGCGGAACGUGGCGGCGGUGGUAACCGCCGGCCGCGGGUCGCGUGGGGCUCCGGGGCGGACCGUGUCCAUGGAGUCGGACGUCAGUCCGCAGCACAUGCUGCCCGUCUCGGGCAAGCUGGAGAUCCGCGUGUUCGACAAGUCCGAGUCGCGGCGCUCGGAUUCGGCGCCGCCGCCGCCGCCGGCCGUGCCCGCCAUCGCGGUGACGAACAGCGUCGCCCGUCUGGAGGAGGUGCGCGCGCCGGCGCGCUCCUCCUCGCCGCGCCUGAAGAGCAUCCUGAAGAACAAGUCUGAGCGUAACCUGGCCGGCAAACUGGAGCAGGCGGAGCGGGCCGCCUCGGACGGCAAUAAGGGCGGCGAGUCGGCCGAGCCGCCGGCGCCGGCCGAGCCGCGCGCGCCGCCGCCGCGGCCAGCCGACGAGUCGAGCGCCUUCUACGACGCGGCCGACGAGAGCCGCGCGCGCCUGGCCACCUCGCGCAGCCGCUCGCGCAUCGACGAAAACGAGACGUCGCGCAACGAGAGUUUCGGCACGGCGGUGCCGCCCGGCGCGUCCGAGGCCGGCGACGAGCGCGACUACGAGACAGUCGGUUUCUCGUUCGCCACGGCGCGCGAGAGUCCGCGCACGGUGCGCCGCCGCAUCGGCGUCGUCACGCCGCCGCCCGAGUUCCAGAACGACCCACAUGACUCGCAGUCGACCACCGGCGAGGGCACAGCGCGCGCCGAGUCGCCGGGCCGCGGCCGGCGGCGCAGCGGCGGCGGCGCCGCCGAGCCGCCGCCACCGCCGCUCAGCGGCGCCGCCAAGCGCCACUCGCUGGAUAACCUGCUGGACGACCGCAAGAUCUCGGUGAUCAGCGUGCAGGAGCUGGGCGCCGUGCUGCGCGGCCAGCGCGCGCCGGCCGCGCGCGCCUUCCACAGCGACGACAGCCUGGUGGACGGCGGCGAGCCGGAGCGGCGCCGGCGCGCCCAGCUCAGCGCCGACGUGGACGCCGAGAGCGAGGCGUCAGAGCCGCCGCUCAUCACCAGGAGGCGUCACUCGGCGCGCGAGCUGCACUCGACCACGCCCACCACGACGAGCACGGCGUCGUCGGCGGCCGAGCCGGCGCCGCGCCCGGCGGCCGGGCGGCGCGGCCGCCUCAGCUCGUCGCCGGAGCCGCUGUCGGCGCCGCGCCGGCCGCAGCCGCAGCCGCAGCCGCCCUCGCUCUACGUGCAGCAGGUGCUGGGCGGCUACAGUCCGCGCCGCGAGCUGCACGCGCCGGCCGGCGCCCAGCGCUCCUCCUACAGCCCGGCGCCGAGCGGCGCCUAUUACGACUCGCCCCGGUACGACUCGCACCUGGGCGUCUCCAACUGGGGACUGCAGAAGUCCAGCUCGUCCUCGGCCUGCCACCAGGGUUACCACACCAUGCCGUCACGCAUCAGGCCACCGGUCACAGACUCGUACCGGUACCAGUCGCCGAGUCGGGACGACACGAGCCUAGACGGCUGCACGCCGGCGUUGCGCCGCCGCCGCCAGGGCGCCGACAAGUACGUGGCCGACGACGCCCAGCUGGGCUCGCGCUUCCAGCGGCGCCGCAACCGGCCGCGCGACGCCGUCUCCGUCCAGCCGGCCGUGCCGCCGCGCACCCGCCAGAGACGUCGGCGGUACCGGCCUGCCGCUGUGGACGAGGUCUCGCCGCUGAACCACGUACUGCCGCGCCACUGAGAGAGAUACGGGAACUCCGUCUUCCUCCGGCCGAUCACAGAUGUCGCCACCGCAGCACCCAUCGGCCACUCGACGGCUGGCCACCGAACUGAGGAAUCGCUACGCCCAUGAUAGAUGUCGUUAGUGAUGCCGACAUCGGCAAGAAACAUUGAGUUGACGCGACGCUUUUUUGAGGUGAUUUCUUACGAUGUGCAGGUGUUGAAUCUAGUCCCCGUUCAUUAGCGUUAGUCCUGCGUCUCACCUCCAGAUAUCUGGCGGAUAGAUGCAUAGACACCGUUACCCAGCUGUAGCUCGAGGGCUGCUGGUGCACUGGGUUACGGCUACCUCCGAUCGUCCCAUUUACCAGCAGUUUCUGGGAACGUUAUAUAUUAAUGUUGAUGUACCACCCGAAUGCUCUAUAUAAACAAUCCGCGUGCGUCCGUCUUAUAUAUACCUGCAUUGAAAGGCAACGCAUCUAUUUAUUGUGACGCUCACCGGACGACCGGCGGGCAAAUCAUGUGAUCGAGCCGUUGACGAAUGCCUACUUACGAGUGAGACUGGCGUCCUGUCACUGUGUUUUGAUUUGCUUGUGAGGCCCGCGGCCCGCGUGCUGACCGAGCCUGGCCGCGGGCACCGGAUCUCUGGCGGCGCGCGCGCGCGCGCGCGAACGAAGCUAGUCCCUGAUGUAGUCAGAGGGGUGGACGCGGGCUCGCGUUGUUGGCGCGGCCGGCGGCGGCCGGUGCCCCUCCGGCCGCCGCAUUCAUACUCAUUAGGUUGUCUUUCAAAUCGGC